CCCUGAGCUCACUGACUUGCAAUCCAUCCAUAAGCAUGUCCCAGAACGUAGACUUUGCAAAGGCCGUAGGCCACAAGUUUGAGCCAGUCCCGCAAACCUGGACGAAGCGGGAUGUCCUGCUCUUUGCCAACUCCAUUGGCGUGAAGCAUGACGAGCUGCACCUCCUGUAUGAGCUGCACCCGGAUUUCGCUCCUUUCCCAACAUACCCAGUCUUGCUACCAUUCCGGCAUGCAGAUGAUAAGGGCGAAGUCACUGACUUUAUCGCUCGCAACAAGUCUGGCAAGUCUGCGCCCGGUGCACCAAAACUCGAUCCUGCACGCAUUGUCGAUGGUGAGCGUUACAUUGAGGUGCUCAAGCCAUUGCCUGCUAGCUCAGAAGGCCAUGACUUUGUCUGUGAGACAAAAUUGCUUGGACUUUACGAUAAAGGCAAAGCUGGUCUCGUGACGGAAGUAGAGACACUCCUCAUUGACCGCAAGACGGGUGAAGCCUACACCAAGAUUGUUGCUUCGUCGUUUGCUAUUGGACAAGGCGGUUACAGCGACCAGCCCAAGCAAGUGCAAAAGACACGCGUCAACAAGCCACCCAAGGAAAAGGCAAACUCCCCCGACAAGACGGAUGAGACCAAAACGACCCUUGAGCAGGCUUUGUUGUAUCGUCUCAAUGCAGACUACAAUCCAUUGCACGCUGACCCAAAAGUCGGCAAGACAAUGGGCUUCCCAGGUGUCAUUCUCCAUGGUCUUUGCUCAUGGAACAUUGCCGCUGUACACGUCUUGCGCGCCUAUGGUCAAUCUCAACCAGGGGCACUCGUCUCGUUUGAGGCUCGAUUCGCAGCACCCGUUUUGCCAGGCCAGACGCUGCGUACGGAGAUGUGGCUUGCCAAGGACAGUAACGGUAUCAAGGAAGUCGUCUUCCACGUCAAGUGCAAGGAUACCGGCAAAGUGGUCUUAUCCAACGGACGUGCUCAAAUCAAAUCAUCUCCAAAGUCAAAGAUUUAAGUCAAUUGAUCGGUUUGUAGCAAUGAUUAUGCCUACUUCUUAAUAAGCCCUAU